CACAGUCUUGCUUUCCUGUUGAGUACGGACAUCUUCACCAUGCCUAUCAAGAACUUCGCUAGCCGCCUCGCCCUCUCCCUGGCCGUCUGUGGCACGGCCAUGGGCCAGAAGGUCAACGGAGCUGACUACAACAAGCCAAACGGAGGCCCCCCGGCCAAGUUCUUCCAGGCAUCGAGCUCCAUUCCUGUUGCUGCUAUCCAGGCUGCUGCUGCUAAGGCCAGCAAGGUUCCCUCUGCAGCUACCUACCCUAUCGGCCAGGGCUCUACCAAGUCCACCAUUCACAGCGACUGGGCGGACUUUGCCGAGGGUGCCUCCUUCUCCUUCGUGGCUGACAUGGACGUUGACUGUGAUGGACUUAACCAUGGCUGCAAGGGCAACCCUGACGGCCAGGACGCGACAAACUGGGGCGCGUUGUCCGCCUACGAAGUGCCCUUUAUCGUCAUCCCCCAGAAGUUCUUGGAUGCGAACAAGUCCAAGCUCAAGGGCAAUGCUGUCUCUGCCGUGAUCUGCAACGGUAAGAUGUUCUACGGUAUCUUCGGCGACUCCAACGGAGACAACCCUCAGGUCACUGGUGAAGCCUCCUGGAUCAUGGCCAGGACCUGCUUCCCCGAGGAGGACUUGAACGGCAACAAGGGCCACACCGCUGCCGAUGUCACCUACAUCGUCUUCACCGGCGACAACGCCGUUCUCCCCAGCAGCGCCCUGAACGAGAACUACAUCACCAACUUCGACACUCUCCGCUCUAUGGGCGACAGCCUGGUUGGCGCCCUGGCCAAGAACCUCAACCUCGGCGGCGGCGGCGGCAACCCGCCCACCACUCUGACGACAACUAGUGUGCCCGAGCCCACAGGCGGGUCCUGCUCGUGGCCAGGCCACUGCGCUGGUGCCAGCUGUUCCACGAACGACGACUGCUCCGAUGAGUUGGCCUGCAAGAGCGGCAAGUGUGCGUCCGACGGAGACGCAGAGAGCUGUACUUGGGAGGGUCACUGCAAGGGUGCUUCUUGCUCAAGCAACGACGAUUGCUCCGAUGAGCUUGCUUGCAUCAGCGGUGUCUGCGCGGUGGAUAACAAUGCGGAAUCUUGCUCCUGGGAGGGCCACUGUGCGGGUGCCUCUUGCUCUAGUCACGAUGAAUGCUCCGAUGAGCUCGCCUGCAAGAACGGCAAGUGCACCGCCGCUUAAGGGCGGGAUAGGC